AGGUAGACUUUUGAUCAUUGAGAAAACACCACAGCAGGACUGUGCAAUUUAGUGUAGUCGCAGGAACAGAUCGGUCUCAGUUUGGCAUUUACUGGCGAAACGGUCGGUCGCCAGUUUGAUUGGUCAACGAGAAUAUCGGUAGAGUUAUUCCUGCUGGGUGCAUCCUGAGCAGUUGCUUGACUGUGGCUUCAGACCUUUAGUGAUGGCUUUCGAUUACGCCAUGGAUUCGGAGUUCGUGAGGGAGAUCAGGAUGGAGAUAUCCAGGAUUAACAACACGGAUAUCCCUGGAUUCGUGAAUUUUGCUGUUGACAAAUAUCACACAAUUCUUGGCAGGAUAAGCGAUCCUAGGACAUCUGACUGGCCACUAAUGCAGAGUCCAAUACCAACAGUCCUUAUGGUUUUAACUUACAUCUAUGUGAUAUUAUUCCUUGGACCAAAAAUGAUGGCAAAUAGAAAACCUUACAAGCUGAGGGAAGUACUAAUUUUAUAUAAUGGAGCACAAGUACUCUACAGUGCCUUCAUGUUGUAUGAGCAUCUAAUGAGUGGAUGGUUUUGGGACUAUAGUUACAAGUGUCAACCUGUGGAUUAUUCUAACAAUGAUAAAGCUCUCAGGAUGGCAACCUUAUGUUGGUGGUAUUACAUUUCGAAACUAUCGGAAUUCGCAGACACGCUAUUCUUCGUCUUGCGCAAAAAAGAUAGCCAAAUAACAUUUCUCCACCUAUAUCAUCACAGCCUGACGCCCUUGGAGACUUGGAUUCUUGUGAAAUUCGUCGCUGGAGGACAUGGAACAUUUUCUAACCUUAUCAACAAUAUGGUACAUGUUAUAAUGUACUUUUAUUACAUGGUUUCCGCUAUGGGUCCUGAGUACCAGAAAUAUUUGUGGUGGAAAAAGUACAUCACCACCAUUCAAUUGUCCCAAUUCUUCUUGGUAUUCAUCCACUCAGCACAGCUACUGUGGUCAGACUGUGGAUACCCUCGUCUGAUUGGACCUUUACUAUGUCUCCACUCAACGAUAUUUUUCGUUCUUUUCUCCAACUUCUACCGUCAGACCUAUAAGAAGGCCGAACAGAAGAAAAUGAAGAGCAUCAAUAACAAUAAGAGCGACUAAAUUAGUUAAUUAAUCUGUAAUGAGGUUUUUUCAGAAUAUCCAAAGGGAAUAGUUUUUAAGAAAUGCUGACAGAAGGUAGAGAUAUGAAGACCUUCAGGGGGGGAAAUAUUAUACAGCUUCCCACAAACCGCCAUAAACAAAAAUAUCUAUCUAUUGUUCAAAUUGUUUCUUUCCUCUUUCUUCAGGAGAAGAGUUUAGAAACAAUCUCAAAUUCAACCUUUUUUCAAAUUUAUUUUACAACUUUAUGAAUCAGUUGAGUUUCAAUUUUGAUCCAAUGAAAUGUUUUAUAAUGUAAAAAUUUUCAUUCAUCUUAGCUGAAAUGAAGGGGUAAUUUCAAAAAGUUAUCUUCAUUUCAGUUUUCAAAUAUUUACGUUCAUUAUCUUUUCAAUGAUAUAAUACGGUGGUUUGUAUAUUUUUUUACGAAAUAUUCCUCUAAAGAUAUAUUAUGCAUAAGUACAACAAGUGAGAGACUGUAGUUGUAUGUAUUGUAAAUAAUAGUUGUAAAAUUAUGUUUAAACCUAGUCAUGUACCCUAUGAAUGUUAAUGAGUUUGUACCAGUUAUGAAUUUAGUAUCAAAACCGAAAUUUCAAGCAGCGCAAAAGUAAAAACACAAUGUUCAACAUCGGGAAGAGAUCAAUCUAUUUUUUGUCCAUCUUAACAAUUCUUCUGAAGUGAAUAUAUAUUUUCAUUGAUCUUUUUAUCGAUCUCCAUGAUAUUUGCUCAAAAAUGCAUGAAUGCAUUCUCAAUUCAAUAACUAUUAAUUGUUUGAUUCGAUUUACCUACAUAUCAGUGAAUCAGUGUUACUGGAAAAAAUGUGGUUUUAGUUAUUAUAUGUAUAAUGUUUUAGUAUUCUUUUCCUAUUUGUCAUUUGAAAAUGUUUCUAGAUAAAGUUAUGAUGAUAAUUAUUUUAUGGGCCAAAAUGCUUUAUUUGAACAAUAAACAAUUCAAAACAUUUUGUCGUAUUCCAAAAUAAAAUAAUUUCAUUUUUCUGUUAAUGGUACGUAGUGAAGUUUGAUAUAACAUUUCUUUACUUUGUCUAUUUUCUUUAUAAUUCUUUUAUUAAAUUAACACUUGGCGAAUUCUAUAGAGAUUUGUUAUUAAAGACACAUUGUCUGCAAUAUUUGACUUAGUAUAAUUGUAAAAUUAUAACAAUGAUGGCCUGUAACUCAUUCAAACCAAAAUCAAGUAUUUUUAUACAGGGUUCCUAUAAACAUUUUCAUCACUUAAUUGUUUGGCAAUAGUUUCAUGCAAACAUAUUUUAUCUGAACCAAAUAAGGAUUUUUAUAAUGUAUUCUAACGAAUAAAUAUGAAUGAAUGGUA